AUGAUCAUCUUGUCGGAGUUUCGUCUCCUCCCUUGUGUCCAACAACGUCUUGUCAGUUAUAUCUCAACAGAAUCCGUUAGUUUCAGCAACCUUAACCGCGGCGAAGAAGGAGGUUUCACAGUCGAAGUCAACGUUAAUGUCAACGUAGAACAGUUGGUGAGGAUUGGAAAUUGCGACAAGGAAAAUUGUCGGGUCCGGGCAAGACGCGAGAAAACUGAAGACGGUGGAGUGUUCUAUAUGCUUAACGAAUUAUCGCGUGCGGUGAGUCGCAUGAAGUUUCAGUGCUCCCACGUUUUCCAUAGAGAUUGUGUGAUGAAGUGGCUGAAGAAGAACCCUUCUUGCCCUAUUUGCCGAGCCAAUAUUCUUGAAAAACCUGUUUCUCUCUUUUAG